CGCCGCCGGCAGGCUGGCGCGGUUGCCUUGGGAACAGCCAGACGCCGGCCUGGCAGAGGGGCGAGCUGGGGAAGGCCUCGCGAGGUGCAGGUCCUGGUUACCUACGGUAAUGUACGAUUCCAGAGAAAGAAAGAAGUUCAUCAGUGAUGCUCAGUAUGUGAGGGAAAUGCAACACAAGAUGGAUUCAGAGUAUCAGGCUUGCCUGAGAAGACAGGAGCAGAAUAGAGAACAGACUGAGAAGAAACGAGAGCAACAUGCCAGGCAAGAACAGCGACAGAAAACUCUAUCUUCCAUCUAUGCUACACGCAGUUAUGAAAGACCAUGGGUAUCAGGCAUACCAGUUACCAGACAGACUUCUGCAGAUGAGGGUUCUGGGUCUGCCAUCAAGUCUUCUGCAAACAGAUCUGACUCAAAAUUUCCUGCUAUAGAAAAAACAUCAAGCAAGCAAAAGCAAAAACCUCCCAUGAGCUCCAGCAAAGUAACUCCAGCUGCCCAGAAGCAAUCAUUAUUAAGGAGGAAGAGAAUGAGCCAGGGAGGAUUGUUGGGAAGCCCAGACACACAGAAUAUGAGAAAAUUGGAAGAAAGAGACAGACAGGCCUCAUUGCUGCAGGCAAAGGCACAAGUUACCAGCGCAUCUGAUCUUGGAGUGACAAAUGAAGCUACGCUCACGAACAAGAAGAGAUCUCAAGAGAGAAGGAAUUUAAUCCAUUCCUCUAAGCUAAAUCUUGAUCGUAAAGGUCUAGCCAAAGAUAGCAAAAUAGGAAGCAUUCUUCCACAGGCUCAGCAGUCUCCAACUCUAUCAUGUGCAUCUAUCUUACAGGGAGCUCAUGGUUCCUUUGUCUCAAAUGAGUCACAUGGUCCAUCUCUUAUACCCACUAAAAAGGCCCCUUUGAGGUUUAGAGAUGAAAACUUUUAUUCUAUGCGUUGCUUAAACAUGGAAGAUUCCUAUGAAGAAAAUGAUACUAAAGAGGAUAUAUUAGAGAAAGAAUUCUUUUCUUUCAAUCUAAAUCACUCUCCUACUCCUCUAGAACAAAUUAGCAAAUUUAGUGGAACAUCCUUGGCACAAGAUGAACAAUGUAACUCUGAAGAAGCUGGAUACGAUAGAAGCAUUUCAUCAAGAAGAGUUGAAUCUUCUCAUGGACCAUUAAGACAACACAAUGUAAUGGACACAGCUGUUGAACAGUCUUCAUUAAGGCAAAGAAACUCUAGUGACUAUGGAAAGUCUUACACUCCAGAUGGGAAUUCUUCUGAAGGUGCUGAUUGCAAUAAAAAUGAAAAUGAAACUCCAUUAUUUAGCUCAAGAAGCUCACGAGCUGAAAGCAGACCAGGCAGCGCUCCUAUUGCUGAGACUCUUAAUAACAUUAGCUCUAUAGAUAGGCCUAGUGUCAAUAUUUAUAACAGAGAAUUGCAAGCCUGUGAAAGCAAUCAGAGGCGUUAUACUGAUCUCCUUACUUCUGCAAGGUCAACAGUUCAUAGACCAUUAUUGUAUUCUGCAUAUAAUACUCCAAGAUCAUUAAUACAAUCUGCACCUAGAGCUGAAGUCUCAACAGAUUUGAGCUUGACAACUGUAUCAUCUCAAGUAUUGGAUUUGGAUGGAAGUUCAAGGUUUAAUGUUCGUAGACCCUUGUCUCCUAUAAGAAGUAGAGAUUCUUUUUCUGCUGCAGAAAGUUAUGAAUCUUCAUCCCCUAUAGUCAGUACACCUGAAGAUAAUAGCCUACUGGAUGAUAGUAUAGAUAAUGGUUUAAAGAGCACAUCUCCAAAUGCUGCCUUACAUGAUGAAGAGAACUUACUAAAUUCACAUAGUUCUUUUUUAUCUAUAGAUUCUUCCAACCCAUCUUUGUUUCAAACAAAUUUCACAGCCCACCUUCACAUGGCUGGCACAUUACAUGAUCAAUUACCACUUGCUUUGCUGGCAGUGUCUGAUUUACAAAAUCAAAGUAGUGCUAUGAGCAGCAUGACAGCAUGUGAUACCACAAGUGCAAAGGAAAUAAACAAACAUGCAGACCCAGAGAAGCUUAAGAAACUGCAGGAGAGUCUACUGGCCGAAGACUCAGAAGAGGAAGGAGACCAAUGCCGAAUAUGUCAGAUUGCUGGGGGCUCUUUAACAAAUCCACUGGUAGAACCAUGUGGGUGCGUAGGAACCCUACAGUUUGUUCAUCAGGAAUGUCUAAAAACAUGGCUGAAAGCUAAGAUAAAAUCAGGUGCUGAGCUGGGGGCAGUGAAAACCUGUGAACUGUGUAAGCAGAGCCUGAUAGCUGAUCUGGAUGAUUUUGAUGUGAAUGACUAUUACAGAAAUCACCAACAGUCUCGGCUCUCAAGACAGCCUAGAGCAGAGGAAAAUGAAAAUUCAGAGUCGGGGAACAAUGGAUAAAAGAGUGCUUACCAGAUUGUCCAAUGAAUUUGGAAUUUGGCAAAGAGGCUAUUAUAUUGAAUACCCUUCUCCAUGUGUUUUAUAUCUUUUUUUUUUUCUUUUGGGUCUUGCUUUACAUCAAACUAAAACAAGUGUGUACAUGUCACACGGUCCUUUUCAGGGGCUCUAUUACUGUCUUUAGAAGUGGAAACCCCAAUUGAUAAUUACUUUAAAAUAACAUGGAACAAAGCAGCUAGUAGUGAAGAAAACAUGCCAUUUCUAUUGAUUAUAUCCUAAAACUGCUCACCGUAACAGAAAACAGAUGACUUGCAGGCACUGUGUGUUUUUGACUGGCCUUCUGUAACCUUUACAACCAGAAGCUACAGAAAUGCAUGUGGUUGCUUUAUUGUGUACUCUGGACCCAUACUACAUUUUCAUUCUGUAAUUCAGAGGUUUCUCCUGAUUAGACCUUGGGUUUGUACAGUAAAGUUAAACGAUCAUAUUUACAGCUUACACGGGAAUCUUCUAUAGCGUACUUGUAAAUUUAUUGAUUUACUGUAUGUGAUGACAAACCUAGUAGUGUACUGUCUCCAGCUUGAGUGGGACAAACUUUCAGUAAAAUAAUUUUGUUUACCCCUUAACAUUAGUGUACACUAAUUUUUAAAGAACAAGAAAUACACAAGUUCUUUUCUUUUUGUGGGGAAGAGAACAGGUGCUGGAACUAGGCGUGCUGCCACACCCCCUGGCUUGAAGUGGUUUCCAUUAUUUACAGGGUUUACAGUUUGGUUAUAUGGCUCUUAGCAUCCCCACUAUACAAAUUGUUCCAGCACCCGUGGGGAGAAGGAUGAGGGAAGGAAAAACUCACAAUCCUGACUUGAACCAGAGGAAAAGACUGAUGUAGUAAGAUAUUGAACCAUUAGUUUUAUCCACAGAAAGCAACUAGAACACUUAUCCAUCCAUUUGGUAUAUUGCUAUGUGUCGGUAAUAAAUCGCAUUUUGCAGCAUUUCCUGAAUAAUGGAACAUGAGGGGAAGAGACUGAAUGCUUCACAGAGUUAGAUGCUGUGUAAUCAGCCCGGAGCCCUCAGGAUUUCACACAACUUUGAACUGAUAGAUACAGAUUUGCUAUAGCUUUCCUUUCAGGCAAUGUUCAGAUCUGUAAAUGACUAAUUUCUCUUUGAUUUACAUGGUGGGGUCUCCUCCUGCCCACAGGGUGCAUAUGGCCCCAUGGAGCACCCCACUCCUUUGGGACCUGCAGAGGCUAUUCUGUUGGUUUGGGGUUCAUACAAGGAGAAGGGGCAGACAAUUACACUCCCUUCCCCCUACUCUGGCCCCACAGACCUUAGGCAGAAAAGAGAACAUAUACGGGCUACAUUAUCUUUUUGAUGAAGCCUCAAUAACCCCUGGCAGAUCUUGUGGGCUGUAGGUGUAGGGGCUGAGGUCCCAGGCUAUGCAGCUCCAUUAAAAUUGCAGUGUUGGGAAAUGGGGGGUGCAGUUAAGAAGGGCCACAGCUGGAGCAGAGGCCCACUUUCUGGGGAUCGCCUCAGUUUGGGGGUUGGUCCAGAGUUCAUUCCAUGAGGCAACCUCCAGCCCCAGACAGAACAACAGGAGAAGAAAUCCAGGAGGGAAUCCUCAUCGAGAUUUUCUCCAAAAGAUUUGGAGUGGGUUUUACUGCAGGAGAUGGUCGACGUCUGAAGAAUUUUAUGGCAGUCCCUAAGACACA